CCUUGCUCAGCCACCAUGUCCAGGCAGUCCAGCAUCACUUUCCAGACCGGCAGCCGCAGGAGCUUCAGUGCGGCCUCAGCCACCACCCCAGCCACCGGCCGCUCCCGUUUCAGCUCCGUCUCCGUGGUCCGCUCUGCAGGUGGCGGUGCAGGGCUGGGCAGGAUGAGCAGCGCUGGGGCCGGCUUCGGGAGCCGCAGCCUCUACAACCUGGGGGGCACCAGGCGAGUCUCCAUUGGAGGGUGCGGCAGCAGCUUUCGAGGUGGCUUUGGUGGCAGGGCCAGCAGUGGGUUUGGGGUCAGUAGUGGAUUUGGCUAUGGGGGCACAGCCGGAGGAGGCUAUGGGUCCUCUGGCUUCCCUGUGUGCCCGCCUGGAGGCAUCCAAGAGGUCACCGUCAACCAGAGCCUCUUGACUCCCCUCAACCUGCAAAUCGACCCCGCCAUCCAGCGGGUGCGGAAAGAGGAGCGGGAGCAGAUCAAGACGCUCAACAACAAGUUUGCCUCAUUCAUCGACAAGGUAAGGUUCCUGGAGCAGCAGAACAAGGUCUUGGAGACCAAGUGGGAGCUUCUUCAGGAGCAGGGCUCCAAGACGGUGAGGCAGAACCUGGAGCCUUUCUUUGACACCUACAUCAAUGACCUCCGCCGGCAGCUGGACAGCAUCACCACAGAGAGGGGCAGGCUGGAUGCGGAGCUGAGGAACAUGCAAGACGUUGUGGAAGAUUUCAAAGUCAGGUACGAGGAUGAAAUUAACAAGCGCACCGCUGCCGAGAAUGAGUUUGUGGCCCUGAAGAAGGAUGUGGACUCAGCCUACAUGAACAAGGUGGAACUGGAGGCCAAGGUCAACUCUCUGACUGAUGAGAUCAACUUCUUCCGGAUGCUCUUUGAGGCCGAGCUAUCCCAGAUGCAGACCCAGGUCAGUGACACAUCUGUGGUCCUGUCCAUGGACAACAACCGCAGCCUGGACCUGGACAGCAUCAUCGCUGAGGUCAAGGCCCAAUACGAGGAUAUCGCCAACCGCAGCCGGGCCGAGGCUGAGUCCUGGUACCAGACCAAGUAUGAGGAGCUGCAGGUCACAGCCGGCCGGCAUGGCGAUGAUCUCCGCAACACCAAGCAAGAAAUCUCCGAGAUGAACCGGGUGAUCCAGAGGCUGAGAGCCGAGAUCGACAGCGUCAAGAAACAGUGUUCCAGCCUGCAAACGGCCAUCGCUGACGCAGAACAGCGUGGAGAGUUGGCCCUCAAGGAUGCCCGGGCCAAGCUAGUGGACCUAGAGGAGGCCCUGCAGAAGGCCAAGCAGGACAUGGCCCGGCUGCUGCGCGAGUAUCAGGAGCUCAUGAACGUCAAGUUGGCCCUGGACGUGGAGAUCGCCACCUACCGCAAGCUGCUGGAGGGUGAGGAGUGCAGGCUGAGCGGAGAGGGCGUUUCUCCUGUUAACAUCUCUGUGGUCACCUCCACUGUUUCCAGCGGCUACGGCGGCGGCAGCAGCCUUGGAGGCGGAAGUCUGGGUCUCAGUGGGGGCAGCGGCUACUCCUUCACCACCAGCGCUGGGCACAACCUGGGCUCGGGCCUGGGCGGCUCCAGCUUCAGCGCCAGUAGCAGCCGGGGCCUCGGGAGCAGUGGCUCCAGUGUCAAGUUUGUCUCUACCACAUCCUCCAGCCGGAAGAGCUACAAGCAUUAA